AUGGACGACAAGAGUCACGGUCAGUUGAACUUUCACUUGACCCAGGUCAUCAGUGGCCACGGCUGCUUCAGGAGCUACUUGUUCCGGUUCGGACACGACACAGCCGAAGAGUGCCCCGCCUGUUUCCCGACUGCGGUGGAGGACGCCGAGCACGUAAUUUUCCAGUGCGGUAGAUACGCAACCCUCAGACAAGAACUGGCAGAUGCAAUUGGUGAGAGGUUAACUGUGUCGACAUUGGUUCCGCUGAUGCUGGUAUCGUCCACUAACUGGACACUGAUCAGCCAAUUUGUGGCUGCGGUCAUGAACGAGCAAAGGAGGGCCGAGAAGGCAAGACAAAGAACGAGGGAUUACCUUAGCGACAGGAAGCUCUGGUACACGACCAGUACAGGCACUGAGAGCUACGAGGUCACUGGAGGCGUCCCCAGGGAUCAGUGCUCGGCCCCACCUUGUGGAACGCUAUGUACGACGGAGUCCUCCGCCUAA